UUUUCGUUUCUCGGAAGUAAAGCGAUUACUGGAGCGCCUCGGCGCGCCUGCCCGCCUAGGGGAGACCCGGGCGCACACGCCUGGGCGCUCCCCGAAAGAGAUUUCCUCCCACACAUCCUUUCAGUUCUUAGGGGUUUGGGGGAGGAGGACUCGGGAGCGCAGGUCUUAGGGCCCCAGCAGCCACAGCCGGGAGAGCGCUCGCGACAGAAAACCGGUGGCUUCCUCAUCUCCACCUGUAAUGCAGGAGGGAAAAUCAACCAGUUCUCCUAUAAGCCCUGCGGUAGCCAUGCCUCCCGUAGGCACCCACAUCCAAGCCAGACGUAAAGCUCCAAUGGACCCGCUGGGUGAAGGGGGGAUCUGCAAGCUGCCAGGAAGACUCCGCAUCCAGCCCGCACUGUGGAGCAGGGAGGACGUGCUGCACUGGCUGCGCUGGGCACAGCAGGAGUACUCUCUGCCAUGCACUGCAGAGCACGGGUUCGAGAUGAACGGGCGUGCCCUCUGCAUCCUCACCAAGGACGACUUCCGGCACCGCGCGCCGAGCUCAGGUGAUGUCCUGUAUGAGCUGCUCCAGUACAUCAAGACCCAGAGGCAGGCCCUGGUGUGUGGGCCCUUUUUUGGAGGGGCCUUCAGGCUGCAGACGCCCACCCAGCACUCUCCUGUCCCCCCAGAAGAGGUGACUGGCCCCUCUCAGAUGGACCCCCAAAGGGGCCUCCUGCUGCAGCCACCAGACUCAGGCCUUACCAGCUCCUUCAGCCACCCGGAUGGCCCUGGCCUGGCCAGGUGGAUGCUUGGCAAGGAGGAGUCCCUCAACUUAUGUCACGGUGCAGAGCUCGGCUGCAGGAGACAGGGGGUCUAUUCCUUCCCUGUGAUGCCACAGGCUCCCAUUGACGGCAGGAUCGCUGACUGCCGGCUGCUAUGGGAUUACGUGUAUCAGCUGCUCCUUGACACCCGAUAUGAGCCCUAUAUCAGGUGGGAAGACAAGGACGCCAAGAUCUUCCGAGUUGUGGAUCCCAAUGGGCUCGCCAGACUGUGGGGAAAUCACAAGAACCGGGUGAACAUGACCUACGAGAAGAUGUCUCGUGCCCUGCGCCACUACUAUAAGCUGAAUAUCAUUAAGAAGGAACCGGGGCAGAAACUUCUGUUCAGAUUUUUAAAGACUCCGGGAAAGAUGGUCCAGGACAAGGACAGCCACUCGGAGCCGCUGGAGAGCCAGGAGCAAGACAGAAUGGAGUUCAACGACAAGAGGCCAGAAAUCUCUCCAUGAAGGGCAAGUGGACUCCAGGCCCCUGUACUGAUGGGCUGAGACGACUCUCCUGCGAAGGCAGCCUCCUCCUCCCAGUACGGCAGCAGGAUCUCCAGCCAGACUCUACCCACAGGGUGACAGCCAUUGCUUGGGAGGGCUGGGAGGCCUCCCAUCCAGGACAUGCGGUGGAGUGUCAGCUUUUCGGCAGGGUGAUCCUGGGGCUAAAUGGGACACAGGGGAGUGGACUCUCCCCUGCUGCGCCCCUGGGAGAGGGAGCCAGGCACUGAUAGAGCAUUCAGCCCCACCCCUCUAAAUGGAAUUUACGGAUGAAGGGAGUGAGGUCUCUACUGAGCCUCCAAUUUCCUCACCUGUGAAAGGGGGUGCUCCUGAAAGCCCACCCUCAGGGGCUGAUGCAGGAAAUGGGAAAAGGUGUUAGUGCUUUGAGGCAGCACUGACAGCCUCAGUAAUAAUAAAAACAAUGGUAGCUGAU